ACACAAUGACAUAACAACCAUAAAAUGUGUUUGAGCAUAUUUAAAAUGGAUGAUCUAGGAUAUGAAUGGUAUACCGGUUUCCGGACACCAAGAGCUGUAGCAGAUUGCACGGAGAAUGCAACAACGGCUGACAACCAACAUGAUUCUAGCACUGGCGUAGAUACAGAGCAAGAAGUUGGAACUACACCCGAAUGCAACAAGGAUUAUCAGGAGGAACAAUCGAGUGUUGAAGGCAGAGUUGGUGAAAUAUUAAAACUGCAGGGAGAAUCAAGUUGCCAUGGGAAUAGACAUGAUGACCACAUAUCGAAUGAAAAUAAACCAAAGAGCAUAAUACAAUUCACGGGUAUAGAUCUAGAAAUAAAGCACGAAAAACAAAUAAAUAUAAUAGAACAGGUAAACCAAUCUAUAGAAAGGUGGAUACCAAUAUGCAUCACCAAUGCCUCAAAUAGCAGACCUGUAAGCCCAGCCAGUGGCUGUGAUACACAAAUGCACAAUAUAGUAGAACGUGAAGUGUCAACCAUCAAGUUACAAACCAGCCACCAUGUUACACUCAUGUUCUAUUCAGUGAAAGACAGAGCGCAAGAACUACAAGAUGUGGUAACACAAGAAGUGCUACAACAGAUAGGACCCAUGGAAUCUGAUAUGCAGAAACUAUGGGAAUCACUGACGCCAUAUGAAUUUACAGUGGCCAUGCUAUACAAAAGAUUAUAUGGCAUCAAGUAUCCAUUCGAUAAAGACCACAUCGGGAGCACAGAAGAUAGAUGCAAUGAUAAAGUGACAGUUACCAUGAAACACGUUAUAUUCGUACCGGGGGUAUUGAUGUGCGCUACGGCCCAUUUGGGUAGGGAAUUGGUAUCGAUCCCAACACCAGAUGGGACUUUUGGGCCGUACCCAGAUUACCCAUUGGGUAAUUGCGCUAAUAUGGAUUCAAUAAUAGACCAAUGCACUAAAGGGGUCAUGCUCGAGGAAAACCAUUGCACCCAUGUCACUCUGGGCGUCACAAAAGACUACACAGCGGUGUUCUCAAACAAUGUUUGCCAGGGUGUUAGACUAUAUCUAGAGUAUAUUAGAAAAUACCAGAAAUGUUCCAGAAAAGACAAAUUGUGGUAUAUCAUUAAACUAAUGCACGAUGAAACGGCAAAGCAAAUGGAGCCAAGGGAAUUGCUGAAAAUUCUAGAAAUAUACACUAGUACACCAAGCACGUUGAAACAUGCAAAACGCCAACUAAUGCAAUUGUUGCCAUCACUGUGUAAUGAUGAAAUGCCCAUUGAGGACGAAGCAAAGGAAAUUAGAUACCAUACGGCAUUGCCACCGAUACAGAAGCAUCCCGAUGAACUGAUAGAGCUAUACAAGCAUACAAUCACUUUCGUAUCGGAAGACAACAAGUGGAUAUAUAUCAGGCAUUUACCCAUAAACAAGAGCCUAGAUGCAACAAAGGACUAUAUAUACGUCGAUGCAUACGUCAACAGCCUUGAUACAACAGUUACAGGAAGUGUACGAUUCUUUUGAAAACGGUUAGUCAAUGAACUAUACCAGGGAAGUAGCGGAUAUGUCCCAGCAACA